UGUACCUACUUCACUACCAGUUAUUUUUCAUAAUCCACCAUGAGGCGUACAAGAAGUUCCAGGAGUAAAACAAGUCAGGAUGCAAAAGAAACAGAGGAAGUUCAGUCAAAAACAGGUUGGUGCUCUUUAGCCGUUUAAAGCUAACGUUAGCUGCUCCACCGACAUCAGUUGGGGACAAGUCUGGGCAAAGGAGAGCAGUGUGGCAGUGGGAAGGAGACGAAGGACAGUGGGAACCAUACUCUUCUUCAGCCUGUGCCUUGUUGGACUCAGCCGUCUCUUCAGGAGAAACCUCCGUCACUCUGGCUCUGGCCUCGGAGACGCCGUACGAAGUCGACCUGAAGAAAAUGGUCCAGAUAAAUCCUGUCACCAAGUACAAGAGGAAGAUUCGCUCUCACCCAGUGCAACCAGAAGGUGUGAAUGACGCUGGGGACUCGACGGGCCAAAAUGGGACUUUAGUUGACGUUAAAGAGGAAGAGGCGGAGCAGCAACCUGUGGCUAAAAAGAAGAGAGGAGGAAAGAGUCAGGCAAAAAGUCAAAAGAUGCCCAAAGAAGAAGUCAAAAGUGAAGAGGUGGUGAGGACGGUGGUCAUGAAGGGGAAAGCUCCAGUGGACAUCGAAUGUAAAGCCAAACUGGGAAAGGCUUAUGUGUACAGUGAAGGAAAGGAUGUUUACGACGUGAUGCUGAAUCAGACAAAUCUCCAGUUCAACAACAACAAAUACUACCUGAUCCAGCUGUUGCAGGACGACAGCUCCAAGGCUUACAGUGUGUGGGCGAGAUGGGGCAGAGUGGGAAAAGUUGGUCAAAACAGUCUGACAGCGUGCGGUUCAGACCUGCUGAAAGCCAAAGAUAUCUUCAGGAAAAAGUUUACAGACAAGACCAAGAAUGAGUGGGAACACCGAGCAACCUUUGACAAAGUUGCGGGGAAAUACGACAUGGUCUACAUGGACUACAGCACCAAUGAAAAGGAGGAGAACACGACUGUGGUGGAUGCUGCACCCAGGAAGAGGAUCUCCAAGCUGAAUGAGAAGCUCCAGUCGCUCAUGGAGCUGAUCUGUGACAUCAAAGCCAUGGAGGAGUUUGUGCUGGAGAUGAAGUUUGACACCAGGAAAGCUCCUCUGGGCAAGCUGACCUCAGAGCAGAUCCGAGCAGGCUACAUGGCGCUGAAGAAGAUCGAGGAGUGUCUGAAGAAGAAAGGCAGCAGUCGUGAUCUGCUGGAGGCGUGCAACCAGUUCUACACCCGCAUCCCUCAUGACUUUGGGUUGAAAACUCCUCCAGUCAUUCGUACAGAGGAGGAGCUGAAAGAAAAGAUUUCCCUGUUGGAGGCUCUGAGUGAAAUUCAGAUAGCGGUGAAGAUGGUCCAGUCGAGUGGAGACAGUGAUGAACAUCCUGUGGACCGGCAGUACUCCUCGCUCCAGUGCCAGCUGCAGCCUCUGGACUCCGGCACCAACGAGUUCCAGGUGGUAGAAAAGUAUCUUCAGUCCACUCACGCCACCACCCAUAACGACUACACCAUGACGGUCCUCGACAUCUUCUCAGUGGACCGAGCCGGGGAGACCAGCAACUUCCUCUCUCAGAUGCACAACAGGACUCUGUUGUGGCACGGGUCCCGUCUCUCUAACUGGUGCGGCAUCCUCAGUCAGGGGCUCCGAGUGGCCCCCCCCGAAGCCCCCGUCACUGGAUACAUGUUUGGAAAAGGUAUCUACUUUGCUGACAUGUCAUCAAAGAGUGCCAACUACUGCUUUGCCAAUCAGAACAACCACACAGGGCUGCUGCUGCUGAGUGAGGUCGCCCUGGGAGACUGUAACGAGCUGGUGAUGGCCGACUACGAAGCCCAAAAUCUUCCAGCUGGGAAACACAGCGUCAAGGGCCUCGGACAGACCGGACCCGACCCCAACAACGCCGUCACCCUGGACGGCAUGACGGUGCCUAUGGGUCCGGGGGGGAAGACGCGGGCGAGCAGCGACGGCCGUUACCACCUCCUGUACAACGAGUUCAUCGUUUACAACCCCGCCCAGACCCGCAUGAAGUACCUGCUGCGGAUCAAGUUCAACUACUCCUCCCUUUGGUGAAGCAACACAGAAAGGAGAUGAAGACAUCUGGAGGUUUUCUCUCCACAAAUCUCCAGUCAUUGUUCAUUUACAGUUAUAUUCUGGUUCUUUGGUUUAGGAUGUGACACCGUGAAGCUUUGCAGUUACUGGGGGAAUGUUUAUUUUGUGAAGGAGAGCUGCAGUUAUUUGUCAGUCGGCAACUAUCUCAAAAGAUUAUUGUUUGUUCCGUCAAUGCUGAAAGUGAUUGAAGCUUUUCUUUCUCGUAUGUUAUAUCUGUGGGUUGUACGACUUUGAAUGUUUAGACUUUGCAUUUUUUCCCAGUUUGACAUUUUAUGGGCCAUUUUUUGGAUUUAAAGCUCACACGAUUGUCAGAUAAAUUAUUUGCAUUCCUACAUUAACAUCCUGAAUGAAGUGUAAUACAAGCAAUGCUUAAACAACAGACACAAAAAGUACAUGUGAAUGUUAAUUUAGAAUUUAAUGCUACUUUUCUACAUUGUGUUUUCUCUCUGAAUACAACAUUACAUCUUCGAUCUUUUUAAAGGAAGUGAUGAGACCCUGUCAAAUAUAUGCUGACUGUGUUAGUCCGGUAACUUUGAUAAGUCAAAAAGAAGAGGAUAAGUUCACGUUAUAAGAACAAAUGUGCUCGACUUUUUGCUCUACUCUUUUGUCUACGUUUCUUUAUAUCACGUACGUCCUCACAUCUAUACAAAUGUGUUUUUCUGCAAUGUCAUGAAACACAAAUGGCCUUAUCUAUUGGAGUAUCAUCGUCUGACUUUUAUAACAUAAUGAUCUGGAAGUUUCUUUUCUUUCCAAGUUGGACGUGAGCAUUUCUACUGAAUAAUUACCUAAAUUCUAGUGAAUGUCUCAAAUUGGAAGUAAACGUUUUCAUCUGUUUUGAUAAUUGUUGAGUCAAAUUUCUGUAUGUGUGAACACGAACUCCCAAAAAAUAACAAAUACUGUUACAAUUGUACAAAAAAAACAUGUUUAUGUAAACAAUAAUAAUCAUUCUUUCAUUGUCAGUUAAAACAGGAUUUACAGUAUAUACAAAGUAAUCACAAUAAUAAAGUACAUUCUACAUG